CCAGCUCGUUGCUGACUGUCAAAAGAGCCUCAUCCAUCUUCAAACCAACGUGUUUAGAGUGACCGAAGUCAGCUGGAGAGAAGAAAAUAGUGGAGCAGGAGCUAUUACAUUGACAGACGCAUGCGCACAUUCAGAGGGUGGAGAAAAGGAUUUCCAAUCGAUACCCGAGUGAAUCAACGCAGCCUCCCAUCAGAGCAGCUCUUGCCAUGGCAGACAAAUUAAACGCACAGAAAAGUGUUAAAAUAGCAGCUGGGGCUGUAGUCUGUGUUGAAAGCGAGAUCAGAGGAGAUGUUACUAUUGGCCCUAGAACAGUGGUCCAUCCAAAAGCUCGGAUUAUAGCAGAGGCAGGACCCAUUGUGAUUGGAGAAGGCAACCUAAUUGAAGAACAAGCUCUGAUCAUCAACAGCUAUCCAGAAAACAUCACCCCGGACUCUGAAGUGGAGCCAAAGACCAUGACCAUUGGUACAAACAACGUGUUUGAAGUCGGCUGUGUAUCUCAAGCCUUGAAAAUUGGUGACAACAACGUCAUUGAAUCUAAAGCUGACGUUGGCAGGAAUGUGAUUCUCACCAGUGGAUGUAUCAUUGGAGCCUUCUGUCAGGUCAACACCUGUGAGGUCAUACCUGAGAACACAGUCAUAUAUGGCUCUGGAUGUAUGAGGAGAGUUCAAACAGAGAGACCACAGCCGCAGACCCUCCAACUCGACUUCCUGAUGAAGAUUUUGCCAAACUACCACCAUUUGAAGAAAACAAUUAAAGCAAGCCAGACUACCAGUUAAAAUGCAACAGUAAACUGUUUAAAUUAAAUUGCUUUGUUUGAAGGUAACAUAUGUACAUAGUUAUUAAACACCAAGAAUGGUGCCCUUUUGGUAUUUUCUACUCUAACAGUAGAUCAAUCAUUUCCUUUUACCUGUUUGCUAGUUUAUUCUUUUCUAAAAUAAAAAUAAAAAAUUCCCUCAAAUUUUGGGAGAUGGACUUAAAGUAUUGACCAAUUAUUGUAAGAGAUUUGAAACUGUAUUGUGAAACAAUUAAAUUUAUUAAAAUAAAUCCCCAAAUUUUGUAUUUUGAACCACUGUACCAUGGUUCUGCAAAGUAAAAGCACUGGAGUCUUCUGAGAGUCCACAAGAAGAAAAGAUGGAGAUGUUUUCAUGCUGGGUCUUCCACACAUAUGGUUACCAUCAGAACAUCUCUUAACUCAAAUUGCACCUUUCAAAACACGUCUUUGCUUUCAACUAAAAGUAAUCAGAGUAAUAUUAACACAUAUUAACCACAUUUACAUUUUAUCUGUAAGGAUGAUGUGCCCACUUCUGUCCAGCCUUCAUGUGCUUACAGAUCUCAGUACUCUUCCCAAAAACGUCCUUGAGGUUUGACCAGUGACUCUAAAAAGCAUUCCACAACACUGCUGCUAUUGGCUCCAUGUAAUGUCUAUUGAUCCCUGGAGGGAAUGAAAAUAAAGGAACAUGCUAGGUUUUUUUUUUUUUUUUUUU